AUGGCAGGAUUACCAUUAAAUGAACGACAGUGGGGAGUUACACCACCUGUAUCUAUGGCUGGACCUACAGAACAUGAAAUUGCGGUGAACGCUGCAUUAAUUGAUGAAUUAAAGUUGCGGAAGAAUUUUGAAUCACCAGAGGAAUCAGAUAAGAGAGCAAAAGUUUUAGGAGAACUUCAGAAAAUUACACUUGAGUUUGUGCAAAAAGUAAGCUUGGAUAAACAUAUGACUGAAAGUAUGGCUCGAGAUGCAGGUGGUAAAAUAUUUACAUACGGAAGUUACCGGCUAGGUGUAUACAGUCCAGGUUCUGAUAUUGACACGCUGAUGGUUGUUCCAAGACAUGUAACUCGCGAAAACUUUUUUACAGAUUUUGAACAGAUUCUUCGGAAUCGUCCUGAAGUAACAGGAAUAACAGCAGUUCCAGAUGCUUAUGUUCCUAUUAUAAAAUUUAAAUUUUCUGGUAUUCCUAUUGAUCUUAUUUUUGCUAGACUAGCUCUUGCGCAAGUUCCUAUGGAUCUUACCCUUGAAGAUAAUAAUCUUCUGAAAAAUGUUGAAGAAAGAUGUGUUCUUUCAUUAAAUGGUACAAGAGUAACAGAUGAGAUUUUAAGACUUGUUCCAAAUCCUACUAUUUUUAAACAUGCUUUAAGAGCUAUAAAGCUUUGGGCUCAGCAACGAGCGAUUUAUUCAAAUGUUAUGGGAUUUCCUGGUGGUGUAGCAUGGGCUAUGCUUGUUGCACGAAUUUGUCAAUUAUAUCCUAAUGCUGUUUCUGCUGUAGUUAUUGCCAAAUUUUUCCGAAUUCUUUCUCAAUGGAAAUGGCCUCAACCAGUUUUACUAAAGCCUAUAGAAGACGGUCCUCUUCAAGUACGAGUUUGGAAUCCAAAAAUUUAUAAAGGUGAUCAAGCACAUCGUAUGCCUAUUAUUACACCAGCAUAUCCAUCUAUGUGUUCAACCCAUAAUAUUACAGAAUCAACUCAAAAAGUUAUUAUUAAUGAAAUGAAUCGUGCAGGUGAUAUUGCAGAUAAAAUUUUAAAUGGAACUCUUCCUUGGUCAACAUUAUUUGCGAAACAUACGUUUUUUCAUCAAUAUAAGUAUUAUCUUGUGAUUGUGGCUGCAUCGAAAAGUGCUGAAAUGCAACUUAAAUGGUCUGGUCUAGUAGAAUCAAAGGUACGCCAAUUAGUAUUAAGACUUGAAUAUGUAGAUGAAAUUAAACUUGCACAUCCUUUCAAUAAAAGUACUGAUUCAUUACAUUAUUGUAAAACAGAGGAAGAAGCUAAUGGUGUUGCUCAUGGCGAAUUAGUGAGUACUAGAAUGGAAAAUAUAAAUAUGCAACAAACAAUUAAAGAAAUGGAAAGUACAUCUAAUAUGGAUAUGAAAAAUUCUCAAAGUGAUAUGAUAUUAGUGUAUGUAACAACGUGGUAUAUUGGAUUAGAAGUAGAUAAAAAGAAUGGCUCUAAAAAAUUAGAUAUUUCUUGGCCAUCUCAAGAAUUUUACGAAAUGUGUAGAAAAUGGGAUAAAUAUAAUAUUGAAUCUAUGAAUGUUGUAAUUAAGUAUAUUAGAAAUUUUGAUUUACCUGAUAGUGUUUUUACACAAGGUGAACAGCGGCCAGUUAGAUCCCUAAAGAAAACGAAAAAAAGAAAAUUACAACCUGAUGAAAAAAAAGAGAACAUAGCCGAAUCUCCUGAUAAAGCAGUUAAAAUGGACUCUACUGUUUCUAUCCGUGCUUAA